AUGAGAAAAAUAGGUCCUUAUCCUAAAUAUUAAUUUAAAUAUACUCAAGAUGAUUACCAAUAUAAUUUGCAAUAUAAGAAAUCAGCUUAAACACUGAAAAAAAUUGAUCCUCAUUAAUUAUAAGAAUUUUAUAUUGAAAUAACUCCUACAACUGUCUAAUAAGUAACUGAUGAAUUAAGCUUAUCUAUUCUCCAAGGUAUUGAUCAAGAAAAAGAUCUUAUUUAUGUCCGUUUUGCUGAUACUGGUGGACAUUGUAUUGACCUUAAAAAUAUGCGCUUGAUCAAUACUCUUAAUGGAAAAUCAAGACAGAUAUAUUAUGAAGUACCACAAGGCAUAACAUUGAUUAGAUUAAAUAAUAAAGCUUAAAUUUCACCAUAAAUCUCUAGCUCUAAGUUAACUUAUACAUAAUUCCAUUGGUUUGAAAUGAAUAAUUCCAAAUUUAGACCUUUGUAAUUAUCUAUCAGUGAUACUAUUGAAAACUUCUAUCAAAAUGCUUGCUAGACUGGUAUCUGUAUCUAUGAAUUUACUUGGCAAUAACAUAGAUUCAUUGUUGAUCUUAAACAAAACACUCUGGAAAAUACAAAUACAUUAACAAUCAAUCAUAUUUAAAGAAGAAACAUUGAAAAGCCUUAUUAAGAAGUCCCAAAAAAACCAAUUAGUAGAGGAGCCUUAAAAGAAAUUGUUUGGUAAUAUCAAUUAUAACCAAAAUCAUAUGAAUGGAAUACUUAUGAUUAAGAAAAUACAGAUACUCUAGAAAAAGCAUAUUAAAAAUAUUGUCAAAACUCAAAAAAAGCAAACACUUUAAAUGUAAUAAGAAACACUUCUAAAUAUUACAUAGACUUUGAUAAGAUGAUUGAAUAUAAUUUAUUUACUAAAGAAUCACGAUUAAUACGUAGAUUUCUUUAAGAAGGUUGA